CUAUAAGUUAACGACGCCUGAAAUGGUGAUGAAGAAUGGAUACCCUGUGGAGACUCAUACUGUAACUACAGAGGAUGGAUACGUCCUCAGUAUACAUCGUAUUCCAUUUAGCCCCAAGAACGACAAUAAAGAGGAAUUUCGACCAGCGGUAUUUUUGCAACACGGUUUUCUCUGCAGUUCAUUCGAUUGGGUUGUCCUUGGACCUGGUAGAGCAUUAGCCUAUUUGCUGGCAGAUAAAGGCUACGACGUGUGGAUAGGAAAUUCAAGAGGAAAUGUGUAUUCCAGCAAACAUCAGACCUUGACAUCAAAACAGAAAUUAUUUUGGAACUUCAGCUGGCAUGAGAUGGGUGUGUAUGACCUACCAGCUGUCAUUGACUACGUAUUGGCAAGUACAAGCCAAAAAGAUUUGUACUAUAUUGGACACUCCAUGGGCAAUACCAUGUUUUUUGUUCUUACAUCACUCAAGCCGGAAUACAACAAGAAGAUUCAUCUCAUGGUUGCCUUGGCACCUGUCGUAUUCAUGUCCUACGUCAAAAGCGAACUCACAAAGCUUGCCGUUUAUAGCAGGACAGGGGAAGAAGCUGAUCGAAUUUACAACAGCCCUUAUUUCACUCCAACAAAAACAUGGACUGAAGGUGUGCAAUUGGCGUGCCGCAAGGGGUCUGUUAUCCAGGGUCUGUGUAGUUCCUUAAUCUUCAUGAUUGGAGGUUUCAAUCCACAACAACUCGACCCGGAGCUUCUGGUGUUAAUACUAUCUCACUAUCCUGCCGGAUCCUCUACAAAGGCUUGGGUGCACUACGGUCAAUUAAUGAGAACAGGCAAAUUUCAACAAUAUGACCACGGCGAAACACUAAACUUGAAGUAUUACGAAACUCCUACACCCCCACAAUACAACUUAUCUGCUGUUGUAGCUCCUGUCAGAUUAUAUAAUGGUAAAAAUGACUGGUUAUCAUCUAUAGAGGACACAAAAGAACUUUAUUCAAAGCUACCAAACACUGCUGGCAUGUAUCAAGUGAAACUCGAAGCUUUCAAUCAUGUUGACUUCCAGUGGGCUAAGGACGCAAACACGUUGGUAUACAAUGAAGUGAUUGGCUUCAUUAAAAAUUUCUGAACUUCAAAAUACAUUGUACAGUUAGAUGAAGAGAAUAACACAAAUGUGCAGAUGUGGAAAACAGAGAAAUUAGCCUGAUAAUUAAUAAAUCUAAGAAAUUUUUCUCAGAAGCACACGUAUGAUUUAAAACCCUCAUCAAAUUAAUAAAAUCAUCUCAUGCUAUCAACUGCAUGAAAUAAUAAAAACUCACUACCAUUGAAGGGACCAUCUCUGCCCCACCAUCAGAUGGCCUGAUAAUGGGAACAAAGAUAUUAUUAUUAUUAUUAUUAUUAUUAUUAUUAUAUUUAAUUUAUUACUGAUUAUUGUUUUGUAAUAAAUUAACAUUGACAUUUAUAUAUUUAGUU